CGCCGCCGCCGCCGCCACGCCCGACAACCCGUUCGAGUGUGACGACAUGAUGACGUCACUCUCGCUGCCCGCCUCCAGCCCGUCUCUGUUCCAGCAUGUGCAGAGCCCCAACGACAAGGAGGAGCCGGGCUGGGCCAUCGAGCAGAUGGCGCAGCUGCACCCGGCCCAUAUAGACGUCACGCCCUACCACAAACAGCUGCUCGGCCAGAAGUACGACCCGCACAAGGAGAUGCAAGUCCAGACGGCCAUUGAUCGCUUCUUCAGCUCGGAGAAGAUCGUGCCGUCGCCGUGGAGCGCCGGCGGGCCGCGGACGGUGGCGUUGGCCAGCUGCCUGGAGAGCCCACUGACGGCCAGCGCGCCGCCGGCCGUCCGCCACUGCGGCACGCAGACGGCGCUCACCCUGCCUGCGCAGCUGCCGGCCGAGCUGGAGCGUGCGCUGGCGCCCUACCUCUGUUGCGCCGCUGCCGACCAGAGCCAGAGCCGCGACGACGACUCGGUGAUGAGCACCUCGACGCUGCGUAGGAAGCUGCUGUUCCACAAUACCAACGGUGACGAGCCGACCAGCAACGACGUGUCCAUGGCGGACCCGAACGGCAGCGUCUACCACUUCCCCGGCACCCCGGACAAGGGUCAUCUGCUGCCGACGUCGCCGCCGUCUCCCGGUCGCUCGCGCACCUCCGUCCCCCACCGACCUGACGUGGACUCUCCCGCGGUCUCCCCCAUCUGCAAGUCGAUGAUGGCCUCGCCCAGCACGAGCAGCAUCAAGUCGCAGGGUUUGGCCAAGAUCCGGUACCCCAGCUCAGACAUCUCCGACCCAAGCGACGACGACGACGACGAUGUGGGAGGAGCGUCGGCGGUGGCUGCGGCCGAGCUGCCGAGCUCGCUGGCCGAGGACUCGGUGCCGCAGGACACCGGCUACCAUUCGACGCUCGCCUCGCUGCCGUCGCUGUCGGCGCGCCACCUGGCCGUCGCCGAGAACAGCCAGCUGGCGCGCCUCCUGGGCUCGGGCUCGGCCUCGAUGCUGCAUUCGACGCGGCUCGAGUCGCGCCUCGAGGCGUCCGAGCUGCCGUGCUAUCUAUGA